GAGUGAGAGAGAAAACAAAAGGCUGUUGUUGGGAUCCCAUCUUCCUUAACUUCCAACAAUCCCAAUUUCCCUUUUCUUCCUCCACACCACCACCACCGUUGACGAUCCAAAUACACAAAUUAAUUAUGUCUAUCAACAUGAAAAGUCUAACACAAGCCUUUGCCAAAGCCUCAGCUAAAGCCUCAGCGGUGAUCGAGAAAACGGUUCAAACAACCGUACAAGAAGUUACAGGUUUACCCAGAGCUUUACAAGACUACCAUCUCUUAGAUCAGAUCGGUUCAGCCGGGCCGGGCUUAGCUUGGAAGUUGUACUCAGCCAAAGCCCGUGAUGGCCACGCUGUGUACCCCAACGUCUGUGUUUGGCUUCUCGAUAAGCGGGCCCUAUCCGAGGCCCGACAGCGGGCCGGGCUGUCGAAGACUGCUGAGGACUCGUUUUUCGAUGUAAUUCGGGCUGAUGCGGGGAGGUUGGUGAGGUUGAGACAUCCAGGGGUUGUACAUGUAGUGCAGGCACUUGAUGAGAGUAAGAAUGCUAUGGCUAUGGUUACUGAACCUUUGUUUGCUUCUGCUGCUAAUGCUUUGGGCAAUUUGGAGAAUAUUGACAAAGUACCUAAGGAGCUUAAAGGAAUGGAAAUGGGAUUGCUUGAGGUUAAACAUGGUUUGCUCCAAAUUGCAGAAACCCUGGAUUUCCUCCACAGCAAUGCUCGUCUAAUUCAUCGGUCUAUAUCACCUGAGACUAUUCUCAUCACUUCAAAUGGAGCUUGGAAACUUGGUGGUUUUGGUUUUACCAUAUCAGUGGAUCAAGCAGCUGAUUUAUCCAACAUGCAGGCUUUCCAUUAUGCUGAAUAUGAUAUUGAAGAUUCUAUUAUACCACUUCAGCCAUCGCUCGAUUACACUGCACCAGAGCUGGUCCGAAGUAAGACAUCUUCUGUUGGGUGCUCCUCUGAUAUUUUCAGUUUUGGAUGCCUUGCCUACCACUUGAUUGCCCGGAAGCCCUUGUUGGACUGCCACAACAAUGUGAAAAUGUACAUGAAUAAUUUGAAUUACUUAUCCAGCGAGGCUUUCUCUUCUAUUCCACAAGACCUAGUUCCAGACUUGCAGAAAAUGCUUUCUGCAAAUGAGGCUUUGAGACCAAUUGCCAUGGGUUUUACAAGUUCAUCUUUUUUCCGCGAUGACACUAGGCUGCGUGCUCUUCGCUUCCUGGAUCAUAUGCUUGAGAGAGAUAACAUGCAGAAGUCUGAGUUUUUAAAGGCAUUGUCUGACAUGUGGAAAGACUUUGACUCCCGUGUACUGCGUUAUAAGGUUCUUCCUCCACUUUGUGCGGAGCUCCGGAAUGUGGUGAUGCAACCCAUGAUUCUUCCCAUGGUUCUGACAAUUGCAGAAUCUCAGGAUAAAAGUGAUUUUGAGAUGUCGACCCUGCCAGCUCUUGUUCCCGUCCUAAACAGCGCAGCAGGUGAAACAUUAUUGCUGCUUGUUAAGCAUGCAGAGCUUAUUAUCAACAAGGCUAGUCAGGACCACUUAAUCUCACAUGUCCUACCCAUGCUUGUCCGAGCUUAUGAUGAUACUGAUCCACGUUUGCAAGAGGAAGUCCUGAAAAAGACUGUAAUACUUGUUAAGCAACUUGAUCUUCAGUUAGUAAAACAGGCAAUCAUGCCUCGUGUUCAUGGUUUGGCACUGAAAACGACUGUUGCUGCGGUGAGGGUCAAUGCAUUGUUAUGUUUGGGAGACAUGGUUCACACGCUGGACAAGCCUGCUGUUCUAGAGAUCUUACAGACAAUCCAGCGUUGUACUGCGGUUGAUCGUUCUGCACCAACUCUCAUGUGUACCCUUGGGGUAGCCAACUCUAUCUUGAAGAAGAAUGGGAUAGAAUUUGUGGCAGAACAUGUCCUUCCACUUCUCAUGCCUCUUCUCAUUGUUCAACAAUUAAAUGUUCAGCAAUUUGCAAAAUAUAUGGCUUUUGUGAAGGAGAUUCUCAGGAAGAUCGAAGAGAAACGAGGAGUGACACUGAGUGACUCGGGAAGUCCAGCAGUAAACGUAAAAUCAUCUCUUACAGUUGAUGGUCAGAUGCCUGGACAAGUGAACAAAACAGGUGCGAGUUCUCAGUCUACUGCAAAACGCAGCCCCUCAUGGGAUGAGGACUGGAUUCCACCAAGGGGGCCUACAACCACCGUUCAGUCUUCUGCUGCAGGACAGUCAACCCAAGUUACUUCUGGACCUUCACAGUCAUCCACGACAUCUGGUGUAUCUAGCCAGCAACAGUCACCUUCAUGUCCUGCAGUUGAUGUGGAGUGGCCUCCUAGACCUUCGUCACUUGGUACUACCAUCAUAGGCGAUUCUGAGAAACAACCGGAAAACAAGGGGGCAUUGGGUUCAAGUCUUGAUGAUAUUGAUCCUUUUGCUAACUGGCCUCCCCGACCUAGUGGCUCCUCAGCUGCUUCUCACUCUUUGAACAAUGGAACAAUGGCCCCGUUCGCAAACAGACCCGUGUCUAACAAUAGUGCAACUCUUAUGAAUGGUUUGAACUCUCAAACAAAUGGCCUUGAUUCUUGGGCUUUCAGCACCCCGAUUUCUUCUCAGCCCUUGAAACAGAAUCAAGGGAUUACAUCACACACUGAUGGCCUCAGUAGUGGGAGUCUUAACCCACAGAGUUCACUUGGAUUUAUGAAACAUAGUCAAGGGUCAUCAGCUUUGAGUGCUACCAGUGGUCGAGCAACCGAUAUUGGAUCAAUCUUUUCUUCGAACAAGGGUGAGCAGACUGCACCAAGGCUUGCUCCACCUCCAUCAACUGCUGUUGGUAGAGGAAGGGGCAGAGGAAGGGGAAAUCAAGGGCAACAUAGGUCCUCAACACUAGGGUCUGGUAAUGCCAAGUCUCAUCCAGAGCAGCCUCCUCUACUGGAUUUGCUCUAAUUGCCAACAUGAAGAUCCCUUGUGAAGCGAGUCCGGCAAUCUGAUUUAGAUCAAUCUGGGGAGCUGUUGAUACCACGUGAUCAAAGAUUUUUGCCAGCAGUGCCAUGGAGAAACCUGUUCAUACUCUUACUGCAUGGCAGUGUUUGCCUGGGUAGGCGAAGAUUGUUGUAGAGUGACUUUUUUUGUAGAAUAGUGUGGGUGAGUUUUUGUUUUCCUUGUUUAGCAUUUUUAUUCUUAAAAAAGUUCAUAUAAUUUGUUGAGCAAGGUUUGCAUCGUAUUAAUUGUAUUUUUAAAAGCAAUUGGCUCUCAACGAUGUUUAAGAAGUAAUGAAAGAGAUGGCUGAUGGCACAGUUCAAUCUCCUCUCCAGAAUUUGAGCUGUUAGUUUAUGAAUCAGAUUUCCUCUUUUAUUGA